AUGUACGCUACGGGGAAAAUUGAGGCUACGGGAGAAAGCUACGGUGAAAGCUGUGAUGCAGUCGAACCGACUGGCGAUUUGAUGACGUUGAGGUUCGAGGAGUGGGUCAAUCAUUUGAAGGAAGAUGAUCAGUACUCCGACUGGAGGAGAGCAUUUGGUUUAUAUAAACGAUCAUCCAGCUUCGAGCCUCACUCGAUAGCACAACAGCUAUUGUUACAUCUGUGCUAUUAUGAUGGUAUAUCUGAUCCAGAUGGGACCAUGAUCAGUCAGGUACAUUUUGUUCUGGCUCCUUCUGAUGUCUUCGAAUUCGUAAUCUUCUCAGUUGUUGGCCUUAUCGGUAUACCCGUGCUUCUCAUGGCUGGCUUUCGUUGUCUCGCACAGAAACAUGCAGGACUGCGCCAAGACAUUGUCGGCUGCAUCGCUUCUGAUGCCCUGUUCGCGAAACAAUUCGAUGAAUACCUUCUCCUCUCCAACUUCCCAGCUCAUACAAACCGACAUGCUAACUAG